GGUCCAGCUGUCCAACUGCUGUUAUUAUUAGAAUAAUGAAAAUUUGUGAUUAAUUCACGUUAAUAGAUUUAUUUUCAUUGUUAUUAACAAAAUGAGUACUAUCCCGCAAAUUACCGGUCUCACCAAUAAGAGUAUUUUCUUGGUUGAGUUCAAAGAAUCAUACGCAGAGAAGACGUUAAGAGAUGACACGACUCCGAAUAUUCGCGGCAUCGUGCAUAGCCCCAAGGGGAACUAUCUGGCGUACAGAACUGACAGGAAAGUGGAUGUCUUAAAAUGUACGGACUGGUCUGUGUCGGUGACUAUAGAUGGAAACAUCAAAGACAUGUUCUUUUCUCCACUUGACAAUUACUUCAUGGUGUGGGAGAUGUUUGUGUUAACUAAGGAUAAUCCACAGGGCAAACCAAAUGUACAUGUGUACAAAUCCACAACAGGAGAAAAAGUUGGCUCAUUUGUGCAAAAAAAUCAAACUGGAUGGGAACCAAAAUGGUCGUCAGAUGAAAGGCUGUUCUGUCUACUUGUAAGUGGCGGCAUUCAGAUAUACGAAAAUGGCAAGCUGGACAGAUACGUCAAACAGGUGCAAAUGGAGAAGCUCAAAUCCUUCAGUGUCUCACCCAGUCCAGCGCCUAAUUAUUACCUGUCUAUUUUUACUUUGGGCAAGUCUGGACAACCGUCAUUCUGGCGUGUAUAUAAAUACCCAAACUUCGAAGAGGGCACGGCAGUAGUGAGCCGCUCUACCUUCCAGGCUGAUAAGGCGACCUUCCACUGGAACAGACGGGGUACAAAUGUCUUUACGCUCACACAAACUGACGUGGACAAAACCGGCGGUUCAUACUACGGCAAACAGUCUCUCUCGUAUGGCGACGUUAAAGGCACUUCAGGCAAUAUGAUGUUUAGCAAAGAAGGACCGAUUCACGCGAUUGCCUGGAAUCCGGGCAAUUCAAACGAAUGGGUUGCAGUGUACGGCCACGCGCCGGCUAAAGCAACCAUAUUUAAUGCUAAAUGUGAAUCUUUGUUCGAAUUUGGAACCGGUGCUUGGAAUUCCAUUUACUUCCCUCCCGACGGCAUUGUAGUCUUACUAGGCGGUUUUGGCAAUAUAGCGACCGGGCACAUCGAGACGUGGGACCUGCGAGGAUACAAGAAACUGGGUGCCUGUGCAGCCCCUGAUACUACUUACCUGCAAUGGGACCCAAGGGGAGAGACCUUCAUUACUGCUACUACGUAUCCAAGACUUACAGUUGGCAAUGGGUACAAAAUUUGGCACUACACCGGCGCUUUAAUGUACAAACGGCAAUACGAGGACAGAGAUCAGCUGUUAGCAAUAUGCUGGAGACCCGGUACAUAUCCCAAGAGCGAGUUGUCUAAAACAGCACCAAAGGCCAUAGAAGACACGGCGCCAAAGGCCGUAGGAGCGUACAGGCCGCCCGGAGCGAGGAAUAAGCCUUCCACUUUCACUUUACAUGAGCAUGAAAAACCGCAUAGGCCAGGCGAAAAUGCUAGUACACAACCAUCAAAGCAAGCAAUCAAACAGAAAGAGAAGCGGGAGGCUCGAAAGGCGCGGAAAGCGGAGGAGCGAGCGAAGGGAGAUACGUCUCCCGCGCCCCCCGACGCCGUCACCCCGCGGGCGCCCUUUGUCUCGACCGGUGACCCGGAGAAAGACAAGAAAAUUAAAAAUAUUAAUAAGAAACUUAGCGACAUAGAUAAACUUAAACAGCAAAAAGCAGCGGGCAAACAACUGGAACUGAACCAACAAGCGAAAAUCGCCAAUGAGCAAGCAUUGCUUCUGGAGCUAGAGCAACUCAAGUUAUGAUGGCCAACGUGAGGCACAGUUUCUUACAUCAAAUUUAUUUUAGGAUUUUUGACAACAACGACGUGUUAUGUGAAGGUUCACUGUUGACAUGAGGCUUUAGGGAGUGUGUCACAAUCAGUGGCUUCUAUCUUAUGAAAAAAAAUUGUACUUGGCGCCGAUAUGUGAACCAGACUUAUAUUUCAUAAGAAACUGAAUGUAUGCAAUGCUUUUGAAAUCAUUAGCUAUGGUUAUCGAUUGAUGGUUGUGUUUAUACAUAACUAUGAAAUUUGAAUUUUUAAUGAUAAUUUUACCAUAUUAUAUAUUUUCGAAACUUGGAAUUCAAAGGAAUUUUAAGAAAGUUGACGGUUGCAUUGUUAAUCUAUUUCAUUGUACUGUAUAAAUACUACACUUUUUCUGAAGCCGGCAUAAACACCGCGUAGUCCAGUUUUAAAGGUCUUGUUAAAAAUAAAGAAAAAAACGUUGAAGUUGAAAUUUGAGUUGGAAAAGUUUGAGUAAAAACUAUUUUUUUUAUGAUAGUAAGUGCAAUAUCAGCAUAGCAGAUAGCAACUCACACUGGCGCAGAGUCGAAGCGUCGCGACGCGUCAUGUUUUCGCCUAUACUAUGUUCAUUUCUAUUUUCCCAUUAUUAAGGUACAAAUUUGUGUUAUGCAAAUAUGGAAACGGGUGACGACGCGCGUCCACGUUUGGAUGCAGUCGAAACGGCUUCACGCAUUACUUGAGCGCAGUGAGGCGUCAGACGCCCGCCACAUUGUGAUCCGGGCGCACUAAUGCGAGCGUUGUCGCCAAGCGUUAUAGUUGAAUAACAGGACGCGACGCGCGACGCGACGCUUCAACUCUGCGCGAGUGUGAGUUGAGCCUUAGGUUAACUUAACUUCUACUAUAAAGUAAUUAACUACAGUUGAAAAUACACAAAGACAUUCUAUAUUUGAAUUAUAUAAGAGCGAGAAAAAUAUGUCAAAUAAUGUGUUGAGUUUAUACACUGACAAACAAUGUUCAAGUUACGUAAAUUCGAAUAGCUCCAAGGCUUGAAUUUUCGUAAAUAGUACUCAAAGUAGGUAUUGGAAUGACAAUUAGUUUCUAGAAAUAUGAUAAUCUCAUGUGUCGGAAAUGUAGCAAUAGCAGUAGAGCUCCUUAAGAAAGGGUUUACCUGUUUCUGCCGCUAAGUAAUUAUGUAAGCAUUACUGCGUUCCGGUUUUGGGACUUGUCAAAUUCAGUGUGACGAGCGCAGUGGUAGUACCCCUCGGAUCUUUACCAUUUAAAGCUCUGAAUGACACUGCAACUGUUAUGGAUUCCGUCGCUUUGAUAUCAUAAGAAAGUAUUUUAGAGAUAUAGUUUUAAAUAAUUAAUAAACUCAGGCGUUACUUUAUGGAAAUACAUGUUAAUAAGAAUAGAAGUAAAUUACUUCUAGGCGAACCCACUGAAAGUUGAAUCAUGCGCUUGUGUUGAAUUUUUUCAUGCAUUGCUGUUCAAAUCAAGCGCAGCUACUUUGCACGGUUCAACCUUCACUAGUUUCUCGGAGUAGCAAAGUAAUUUACUUAAAUUUUUAUUAGAUUUUAUUUCUUACUUAUUUCUCGUUACGGCUAAAGUUUGUUGUAAGGGGUUCUUCCUUUUAAUUUUGCAUUUAUAACAUUAGGGCCCAUAUUCACCGAUAGGUAUCUAUAAAAGUCGAUGAAAUGGGCCCUAAUAUAUGUGGGUGAGAGGUAAAGGACCCUAAGUCCAUAUUUUGAAAUUUAUAUUUACGAACAUUACUUUAGAAUGCUAAAUAUCACGCAAUUGUAACAUUAACUCCUAUCGUCGUUCGUUUUUCAUACAAUAUUUAGAAGCGCACCUGCACCGCCAAAGUCGCACCACGCGCUCGCCACUUUUGCAGACUAGAGCCUCAUUCUUUUUAACACACUCUAUGUUAAAAAAAAAUAUCACUUAAUGUUUUUUACCUCUCACCUACAGAUAUAUUGUUGUGCCGUUUGCUCUUGUGAUGAGUGUAAGUUUUAACUUUGAAUGUGUUAACAUACUAACGAACCAUAGGAACUUAUCAAUCGAAAGGAUCGGUACACGGUCAUGCAAUGUCCACUGAAUACCACAUCCUUUCGUCUAUUGCUAUGUAUAAAUAAGUGUGUACUACUUUUUUUUAUAACUUAUAAAAUAAUCUUAUUGCGUGAUACAGUAGCCUUAAUAAACGUCAUUAAAUGACAAUCAAAAUACAAAAUAUCAAAUUUAUCACUGUUUACAAAUUAAGAUUCUGCGUAACUGAAGCGAAUAGGUUUCUCCGCUGUUUCAGAAAAAUUCUUAUAAUCACAAAACGAAUAACAUAACUUUUAGGGUGAAGCCAGACGAGCGUAACUCUUUUUGAGUCUCAUAAUUUAGGUUCGACUGAAAUUUGGUAGGAGCGCUGGACGAACGUAUUUCAGUUGCUUUUAAGCGUUUGUAAUUUCAAUUCAUUCUCACUCACGCAUCUAUACAUUUUUAGAUUUAUAACUUGUAUUGCAAAGGGUAGCUGAUUAAAAAGUUUUAAUAAAAUGAAAAUGUUUUCUUAGUAUAUCGUCAAUUCGAAACUACUUUGUUUUGCAUUGAGCUUUGACGCGAGUUUGCCGGAGGUAGAAGUUGUGCUGGACAGCAAUCCUAUAAGUGACGAUGUAUUAGAUUUCAUUUUAUUAAAUUUCUAAUUUCGAUAAACAAAUGCUGAAGUGUGUCGUAAAUUUAUAUAUCCAUAAAUUUUACCACACAUCACUACUGACAACAAUGUACACCAAUUAGUUCCUUCAACGUAGUUAUAUUACGAUACGUCAAAACGGCUAUCAUAGCGUGCCGGCUUUGUGUAAUGGGUUUAUUAAACAUAAAGUGCAUUUAUGAAUAAUGUUAGAAAAAGAAAAAGUCGCUGAGUAAAUUCACUCAAUAUAAAGUGUGCACAGUUUCAUAAAUGACAGUUUACGUGAACAUCUAGAUUUGUAAGAUAUUACAUGCCAACAAAUGGUGCCCCUUACCUUUCUUCUGUCACACCUCACCCUACCCGCACAAACACGUCACAGAGUACGACUGAAGUUCGGUCAUAAUUACGCGCGUGAGUCUGCAGACAACUCAUUUUGUUCUACUCGUUUUCCAACAAUUUUCACUCCGUCGUAUGGCGCAAACCGGAUUUUAAUAUAAAACCGAAUGCAGCGUAAAUUACACGACUCGCAACUCACAGGAUACGCUCGUCUGACCUCACCCUUACACUUUGACAUUUAUGAGAUGUAGUUGAAUUAUAAAAAAGAAUAAGGAAUAAAACAUCUGCCAUUUUUGUGAAAUAACUGACGUAUUCGAAUUAAUGACCC